UGGCCGCGGCCGCCAUGAACAGCGUGGGCGAGGCCUGCACGGAGCUGAAGCGGGAAUACGACCAGUGUUUCAACCGCUGGUUCGCUGAGAAGUUCCUGAAGGGGGAGAGCGAAGGGGACCCUUGCGCUCAGCUCUUCAAGAGCUACCAGCUCUGCGUCCAGAAAGCUAUCAAAGAAAAGGACAUACCCAUUGAAGGGUUGGAAUUCAUGGGCCCCAGCAAAGGAAAAUCGGAAAACUCUUCCUGACCGUGAUGGGAUAUAGGAGGAGACCUUUGAACUUUGAAUCACUGUGGUAUCAGGACAAGUUGGCUAUUUUCUGAAAUACAAGGACUUUUCUCCAUUGCAGUUUUUGUCUCAUAA